GCGUGCUAGUUUCGCCUAUUGUCCUGUCGGUGUGUUCAGGACAGGCACAGAUUUUUUUCUGUGACAACACAGUCGGCUUUCAUUAGAGGUAGUUCUUUGGCGUCGGUUUGGUGUGUCCCUAAACAUGUUUAGAGUCUUGAUAGCAGCAGCAGCUCUUCUCACAACUGAAGGGCUCUUGGUUCAAGGACCUGCUGAGUCUCUGGUUGCACAACUGGGAGGUUCCAUCACCCUCCCCUGCUCUGUGGAAACCCCCUUACCUGUGGAGGGGCUGAAGGUUGAAUGGAGGAAGACAGGUGAACAGGCAUACGUGCACUUGUUUCAGAAUGGAGAGGACAGACCUGAGGCUCAGUAUCCGUCUUACAGGGACAGAGCACAUUUCUUUCCCGAGCAGAUCUUUAAAGGAAACUUUUCAAUCCUGUUGGAAAAUAUAACAGUCAAGGACACUGGUAUCUACAGAUGUGUAGUUUACUCUGACCAGGACGUUGGAGAGAUCCCUGUUACAAUUCAACACGUGGAGCGUGUAGUUGUGACAGGAGAAGAUCAAAUUGUGUUUGGAAGUGUUGGUGAGGAGGUUGUCCUAAAUUGCAUGGUUGACUCGCAUAUUCCUCCUCAACACUUUGACGAGGUCUCAUGGAAGAAGGUGGACAAAAAGUCAGACAUCGUCCUUGUCUUACUUUUCCAAAAUGGGACGAUAUUCCCAGAAUCGUCUCACGAGCAUUACAGAGACAGAGCAGAGUUCUUCAGAGAGGAAAUUCCCAAAGGCAACUUCUCACUGAGGCUAAGAAAUGUCCAGACUGCCGACAAGGGAGAAUACAUGUGUGAAGUCCACGCAGAAUAUACAGUGAGCUCUGCAACUGUGGAAAUAGGGCGGUUGGGAAUGUCUGCUCUGCACAUCAUUACACUGAUGCUUUGCUUUAUUUCCCUCUUUCUGACUUUUGUAUUAAGUAUUCCGGUCACAAUCUAUAUAAGCAGAAAAGAUACUGGGAAAAAGCCCAUGUACAUAAAUUAUUUGCAAGUUGUCUGUCCCAACAUCUGUUUAUCUGUUGCAUUUGUUCUGUGGGGUGUAAUUGAAGGGUCUGUAGUUGAGGUAACGAUGUGUGCAGUAAUUAAUCUGACAAGGAUCCUUUUAUUGUUUCUUAUGGCUCCUUAUUUUAAUUGGAAUACAACAGUUUCUGUUGAUUUUCCAGGUUUCAUCCACAGAGUAAUUGAAUAUACAAGUAUUCCUGUUGCAUAUCUUCUGAUUUCCACUGCAUUUUGCUCAGCUGUUCUUCAUGAUCUUUGGAAUGCAUCUCAGAGGAAUGAAGCCGUGCUUGUCAGUGUUGGGGUUAUUCUGCUGUCAUCCAUGCCGGCAUCUCUUCAAGCUUUAAGCAACAUUUUCUUAACACAUUUUUUUGAUAUUCAUUUUUCCCUUCGAUUUGUAACAAAGUCAUUAGGACACGUUCUCAUGCAGUCAAGCAACUUUCUUCAAAUGCGUCUCUUCUUCUAUAGAUCACCAAGUGUUGAUGAAUCCAUGAUUAUAAUGACAUAUGCUUUUGGGGGAAUAUCUGCUGCCAUAUCAUUCAUAGUUCUUCCAAUUCCAGCAAUUCGACAGUACCUUUGUUCAAAACUUGACAAAAAUCAACUUCAUGCACUCAUAUGGAGAUGUUAUUUAGUUUGGGUAAACGUUAUGGUGAUUACGCUCAUCGGGCAUACUGCAUUUAUUUUAUAUUAUCUUAACAAGAUUCUGGAGUAUUCGAACGAGCGUUUUGGAUGGAUCUUUGUCACAGUUCUGCUCCACAUCUUGACUGCGAUUGCACCAACACGAUUCUCCAGAACAGUUCCUGAUGUCAUUUACACUACUUUGUUCAUGUAUGGGGUGGCAGGUCUGCCAGUGGUCAACUCUGUUUCUCUUGCCACAGAAUUAAUACUGCAAGUUUACAAGGGGGAGAGAACAGUGGACGAUCUGCGUGUAAUAGUGCUGCCGUUCGAAAGCGUUAUGUCUGGUGUGUGGCUGGUUUUACAGAUCUAUGCAUACUGGGCAGUUGCAGGGAGAGAUGUACAGAAGGAACUUUAUGCGCUGAGGGACUUUGCGGCACAGUGCACACCACAGGGAGGAGACAUUGCUGAAUCAAAUAAUUUCUCAGAGACUCACCUUUCUGAGACUCAAGGAUGUCAGCCAGAGGCUGCAAGAUUCCUGGAAGAGCGAGAACAAGAGGGAGGAGACAUUGCUGAAUCAGAUAAUUUCUCAGAGACUCACCUUUCUGAGACUCAAGGAUGUCAGCCAGAGGCUGCGCCAUUCCUGGAAGAGCGAGAACAAGAGGUUUUAAAUCUUAGUUUAACCCCUUCAGACCCUGCAUUCAUUUGAAUGGACAUCACAUGGUUUUUGGUUUAAACCAGCAAGAUUUUAUGUUUUUAUAAUAUGAGUACUACCUGGUCACGGAUUGGUCCCUGAUCAACCAAUCACAAUUAAAGUAUGUCCUGUAACAUCAGGCAUCACCAAAGACAAGUAUGGCUAAACAAAUAGGAGGAGGGUGAGCUCCUUUUUUACCUUUUAAGCCCGGAACACACUACUAGUGGCGACGAAAGCAGACUACGUUGGCAGUGUCAGGGUCCAAAGUUGCCCUGACACACCAAACUGACACUCGACACCCGACGGCCAAAGUAGCAUGUCCGUUCUGCGCCUGCGUAAUGCCUUUCUGUACCAGCAUGUGGCAGUAGCUGAACAGCCAAUCAGAAUGAUCAGAUGGCCGACUGACCGACUAGCAGACGAGGACCAACUUCAGCCAACGGUGCGGAACACACAGAGAAAACCGUUGGCUUGGUGUGUUCCGGGCUUUAUAUGCAGAGUUAUGUUCAUGGUAGCAUCAUCAACUUGAACCUAUUAUAAUCUUAAUAAUAUCAAGUGAUAAUAUUCAAAGUUAGUUUGAAUAUCUUUCAGAGCUGUAGAACACAGGAUUUUUUAAAAGUCUGAUGUCCAUUGCAAUGGAUAUUAGGUGUUAAUCAAAUUAAUUAUUAAUAUUUUUAUCUGAUUUUAUGUCUUCAGUGUUGUGACCAUAAACUGUCAGCUCAGUUUUUCAUUAGUUUUAGUGAAAAACAGAAACAGCGAAUGUGAAAUGAGUGCAUACACAGCAACACACACACUAAUGCACACAAUCAUAUAUCAAAACCAAAAAGUAUACACAAACACACUCACAAACACACAGACAUAUACACACAUGCUCCCAUUCACACACUGCAACCAACAAAAGAACCAAACAUGGUUUUGAGACUUCAUCCUACCAUCUUACAUUUUUUCCUACAUUCUUAUUGCAUCGCUUAUUGUUACAGUAUGUGUUCUUUUCAAAAUCUUCAAUGCUAGUUCACAUACUGUUUAAAUUCUAGUUCAUAAGUAAUGUAUGGUUAAAAUGUGAUUAAUUUUUUGAUGCUUCAGUCCUGGUAUCCAUUGUAGUAGACAUGAAAAAAAAAAUGAAUAAAAAAUGAGU